GUGCUUUUUAUACGCUCACCAGGUGUAGGUAAGAGCUUUGGCUGAGAUGGAGAAAUUCAUCGCGGGAGGAUAAUAAAGCGGGAGGGGAUUUGGCAGGCUCAGAGCCGCGAGGAGGAGGCGGAGUCGCGGAGAGUUUGAGUAUUUCCGUCCAAUCAAAAGGAGACUGUAGGAGGAGGAGGGGGAGAUGACGGUGAGCGGGAGCUCAAGAAUACUGCCCAGUUACUCUAGCUCGCCAGGCCGAACCGCAACUUCUUGACUUAGGUACUUCUCACAGCGGCAGAUUCCGAGGCCAACUACAGCAAUGGCUUUUGCAAAUCUGCGGAAAGUGCUCAUCAGUGACAGCCUGGACCCUUGCUGCCGGAAAAUCUUGCAAGAUGGAGGGCUGCAGGUGGUGGAAAAGCAGAACCUUAGCAAAGAGGAGCUGAUAGCCGAGCUGCAGGACUGUGAAGGCCUUAUUGUUCGCUCUGCCACCAAGGUGACCGCUGAUAUCAUCAACGCAGCUGAGAAACUCCAGGUGGUGGGCAGGGCUGGCACAGGUGUGGACAAUGUAGAUCUCGAGGCUGCAACAAGGAAGGGCGUCUUGGUUAUGAACACCCCCAAUGGGAACAGCCUCAGUGCCGCAGAACUCACUUGUGGGAUGAUCAUGUGUCUAGCCAGGCAGAUUCCCCAGGCAACGGCUUCAAUGAAGGAUGGCAAAUGGGAGCGGAAGAAGUUCAUGGGAACAGAGCUGAAUGGAAAGACCCUGGGAAUUCUUGGCCUGGGCAGGAUUGGGAGAGAGGUGGCUACCCGGAUGCAGUCCUUUGGGAUGAAGACUAUAGGGUAUGACCCCAUCAUUUCCCCAGAGGUCUCGGCCUCCUUUGGUGUUCAGCAGCUGCCCCUGGAGGAGAUCUGGCCUCUCUGUGAUUUCAUCACUGUGCACACUCCUCUCCUGCCCUCCACGACAGGCUUGCUGAAUGACAACACUUUUGCCCAGUGCAAGAAGGGGGUGCGUGUGGUGAACUGUGCCCGUGGAGGGAUCGUGGACGAAGGCGCCCUGCUCCGGGCCCUGCAGUCUGGCCAGUGUGCCGGGGCUGCACUGGACGUGUUUACGGAAGAGCCACCACGGGACCGGGCCUUGGUGGACCAUGAGAAUGUCAUCAGCUGUCCCCACCUGGGUGCCAGCACCAAGGAGGCGCAGAGCCGCUGUGGGGAGGAGAUAGCUGUGCAGUUCGUGGACAUGGUGAAGGGGAAAUCUCUCACGGGGGUUGUUAAUGCCCAGGCGCUUACCAGUGCCUUCUCUCCACACACCAAGCCGUGGAUUGGUCUGGCAGAAGCUCUGGGGACACUGAUGCGAGCCUGGGCUGGGUCCCCCAAAGGGACCAUCCAGGUGAUAACACAGGGAACAUCCCUGAAGAAUGCUGGGAACUGCCUAAGCCCUGCAGUCAUUGUCGGCCUCCUGAAAGAGGCUUCCAAGCAGGCGGAUGUGAAUUUGGUUAACGCCAAGCUGCUGGUGAAAGAGGCUGGCCUCGAUGUCACCACCUCUCACAGCCCUGCUGCACCAGGGGAGCAAGGCUUCGGGGAAUGCCUCCUGGCCGUGGCCCUGGCAGGCGCCCCUUACCAGGCUGUGGGCUUGGUCCAGGGCACUACACCUGUACUGCAGGGGCUCAAUGGAGCUGUCUUCAGGCCAGAAGUGCCUCUCCGCAGGGGCCUGCCCCUGCUCCUAUUCCGAACUCAGACCUCUGACCCUGCAAUGCUGCCUACCAUGAUUGGCCUCCUGGCAGAGGCAGGCGUGCGGCUGCUGUCCUACCAGACAUCACUGGUGUCAGAUGGGGAGACCUGGCACGUCAUGGGCAUCUCCUCCUUGCUGCCCAGCCUGGAAGCUUGGAAGCCGCACGUGACCGAGGCCUUCCAGUUCCACUUCUAACCUUGGGGCUGACUCACUGGUCCCCGCCUCUGGAGCUUUUCUGAAGAAACCUACCCACUGUGAUCAACAGGGAGAGAAGAUCCACAUUCUUGGGCUGAACACGGGCCUCUGACACUGCUUACACUGCACUCUGACCCUGUGGUACAGCAGUAACUGUCCAAUAAAGAGCCAACCCCCAACUC